AUGACUUCUUCGUUGAUCGCCAAGCCAUUUCAGCAUGAUGGCUUACCGGAUGUGACCAUCAAAGGUCUGAGCACGGCGCUUCGAACUCUUCCCCUCUUUGAUACAAACAAAGCCUACUUGAGAAUCACUGAACGGUCUGAUCAGUUCUCUUUUAUGAUCAAUGGAACGACCGGAGCUUCCGCAACCCUCCGUGAUCCCGAUACAAGCAAUCUACAGACUUUGACCGGUAUUGAAGCUGUACAAUCUCUGGCUGACUCCACUAGGGCUAUCGGAAUCGCGGACAUUCGAUAUGAUCCAAAUGGUAUCAGACAGUGUGUUUCUCUGCACGAGGCUGAGAAAUAUCGCCGAGAUGCUCUUACACGGGUCACUUUUCUCUUGUAUGCUGAUCACGUCAGUGAACAUCUGGAGAAAUGCAAAAUACCACCGCUUCGUAGUCUCUUUCGCUAUGGAGGUUUCCCCAAAGCCUUUAUUGAAUCACUUUCCAGUGAAGACUCGAUCGCUGAUAUGACUGAGCACAUGGGCCUUGGUGAGGCUACCUGGAUAGAAGCCUCCCUGUUCCUUGUGCAGUAUUUUAGCCAACCAGAACGACCACAGAUUCUGUCAAGUGACGAUAUAUGGAAGAGCCCCGUGGGAGAUAUUGCAUUGAGAUGCAUUCAGCAAGCUAGUGGAUCACCCUUGGCAGGCCGCGUUGCACUUGGUGCAAUGAGAGCUCUGCCAAUGGGCAUUUUCGAUAACGCCGCAUUUCGACCACCAGAGCGCGAAGAGGUUCUGGGACUCUUGGAGAAUAUGCCUUUCCACCCCGAGUCUGGUACGAAGACAGAAGAGAUCCUCAAUCAGAUCCAGAGUCUUGGAGGUGCAGAGGGAUGGCAAUCCCAUAACCACCAGCUUACAGUACUCUGGGAGAAACAGCAGCAGAUUGUUUCAGAAGAAGCAGAGAGCCUCGCGCGCAGUGUUGAUACAGUCCCACAGCAUAUGAUUUCCUUGCAAGAUAUGGCGGCAUACCCCUUGCUGCACUUUGUACCGUUGAGAGUAGAGGCAAUUGCUAUCAUCCACUACUUGAAGAAUUGCGCAUCCGCCAACUUUAUUGUGCAGAGGCCGGGGCCAUGGACUCAGUAUAGAUAUCAACCCCCUUCGAACAAUGGGUCAGGCACAUGUUUUGUCGCUGGAACCAAGAUCAUCACAAAAGCUGGAAACAAGCCUAUCGAAGGUCUCGAAGAAAACGACUGGGUAUUGACUAACGGAGCAAAGGACGAGUGGGGCCUCGUGUCUGACGAAAGAGUUGUCAUCCCAGUGGACUCGCCUAUCAUAUACGGGUUCAAUAAUGAAUCUCCGUUUUUCACCGCUGGUCAUGUCUUUCACACCACUACUGGCCUCCGAGCCCUCGAUGCAGAGCUCGCCAUGAAGGAAAAUCCUUGGGCAGAAGUCGGUCGGCUUUCAGCUGGUCAUAUUCUAUACCGCCUGGGAAAGGAUGGGAAGACAUACGACCUAGUACCCAUUCUUGACAUCAACUGGCGCCGGAUGCCCGAGGUCACCGAGGUUUACGGUGUACAUCUUCGUGAGGGCCGGCGAAGCUACCAUGCUAAUGACUAUCUUGUCAUGGUCAACUAUCCAGAGAUUACACUCAAACGAAUUUGUUCUACAAUUGCGACGUUCUCACAGGAGGAUCAAGUACGACUUCUGCAAUCAUUGAAAGAACUAAAUCCUCUCUUCGAACGAUUCGGAAUUGCAACAGUCUCCGAGAUGGUUCAGCGCGAAGUCGAUGCAGCAAAGAAUAGCUUGACUGCGCGGAUGUACAAGGUCACUGAGAACAAGCUGGCCGGUCUUUCCCAUGCAUCGGUAUGUUUCUAUCCAGAAGAGAUACCUAGUCAGGACUACUCCCAGCUUCCACACCAGCUCCCUGUUGUAACUCUAUUCGACGGAGUCAUUUCAGUAAAUGGAGUCAUUUGUGAGUAUGGCCGUGUGGAUAAUGCCAGCAGUGAAGUAAGAUGGUCGCGCUUUAUCGGCCAGAAUGUGGUUGAGCAUGGAGUCUUAUCCAUAGAAGACCCACGCUAUCAUUCAGGCAUUGGUCGGAUUUGCUACAGCACGGACUACGACGGAGAUGAUCUUCUGGACCUCCCAGUGUUUCAGUAUUUGACUUAUGGCUCUGAGUGUGAGCUCCAGAUGGACACCCUCAGUGUCGGUGUUACAAAACAAGAACUGUUUUUCAAAGCAGCAUCUUUUGAGCCCAUUCAACUCAAUACAGACGGGCCCAUAGAAGAUUUAAAUGAUGAGUUAGCGUUCAAGUCCAUCAGUACGGAAGAGGAAAAGAUAGCAGCAGUCGAUGAGAUCAUAACACCAGAAGUGCGCGCCGAGACAGUGACCAGAAGCUCUGCCCCCCGGACCGAUAUCCGCUUCGAAGUAAAGCCACGGGAAUUUGAUGUUGUCUACGACGAAGCACCUCUACAAAAGGACCAAGUACAAAUUCAGAGACAACUCGACUUCGGACCUAUACAACUGACGACUCAGCGAGUGAUCUCGGAUGGAACUCCAGGAAUUCUGUUCACUGAUGUCGCAAUCCCUAGCCUGGAUACCAUUUUGGACUUAUGGAAUCACAAACAGAGUGAUGAGACCUUGAAGAUCUCACGGCUGUAUGAGACGGCGGUCGUGAUGCAUAACGGGCGACUAAAAGCCACUGUCACAAUCCUACCAACAACCUUAGAGAGCUUGGAGAGUUUGGAGGAUAGGAAAGACGCUGAGGAUCCUUCGAAAACUCUAACUUUCAAGGAUGAGCUUGGAGAGGAGGCUAAACUGCCUUUGCUGUUUGCUAGGCUCGAGUUAAACUUUUCAGACGACAAGAGUGAGAUUGUGUCUGGAACAUUGUGGGAAUAUAAUCAAGAUCCUUCAAGAGAGGGAGCUGAAGGUAUCAGGUAA